AUGCUCUCACGACAAACAAUAAGGGCUUCCCGGCUCUGCUGCACACGCAGCUAUGCAACGGGUGCGACAACUGCUCCUCCAAUGCUGCUUAAGAUCCGCUACAGCUAUCCUCGACCUCCACUUCCAUUUCCCCUUCCAGUUCCGGCUCCAGCUUCAGCUAACCUGUGUGCUCCAUCCAGCGCAGACCUAAAGACCGCCAUGCGCGCCAAAGACGCGAACCGCCUCGCUGUCCUGCGCGCCCUCCUCAGCCAAACCCUCAACGCCUCGAAAACCAACACGCCCAUAAACACCGACAUGCAAAUGCUCGCGCUCCUACGAAAAACCAGCGCGCAGAGCCGGGCGGCCAGCGAGGAGUUCACGAAGAACGGGCGGGAAGAUUUGGCGGCCAAGGAGCAGGAUCAGAUCCGGGUUCUGGAGGAGUAUGCGGGGGAUGUGGAGGUGGUGGGAGAGGAGGAGGUUAGGAGGGCUGUGGAGGGAGUUGUGGCUGCGUUGAAGGGAGAGGAGGGGAAGUUGCAGAUGGGGGAUGUGCUGAAGGCUGUUUUUAAGCCGGAGGUUUUUGGGGAGAGGAAUGUGGAGAGGGGGGAUGUGGCGAGGGUUGUGAAGGAGGUACUGGCGGAGCAGGGGAAGAGUGCAUAG